CGUCGACCAGAGCAGAGCAGACAGAAGAGAAAGAGAGAGAAACGUCGGAGAGGCAGAGAGAGAUAGAGAGAGAGAGAGAUAGAGAGAGAGAGAGAGAGAGAGAGAGAGAAGAUGAAACACAUUUUCAAGAAGCUCCAUCACCACCCCAACCGCCCUAACGAGACCCCCCAACAGUCACCGCCUCCGCCCUCCUCCUCGUAUUGCUCCGAUGCUGCUCGCCCCGCCUCCUCCUCCUCCUCUUCUUCAGCCACUGACGGUGGCAAUACCAAUACCAACACCAACACUAACGCUAACACUCACACUAACAGUAAUACCCCGCAGCAGCUGCAUCCGCCGCCGCCGCAGCAGGAUUUCUACGCCUCCGUCGAGGAGUUCGAGGUCCAAUUGGCCAUGGCUCUGAGCGUUUCCUCAUCCGGUCAGGAUUCCGCCCUGAUUGACUCCCAGAAGACCCCGAUCCGGAGCACCGAUUAUCCCAACGCAGCUGCCGACGUCCUUUCCCACCGCUAUUGGGAUUUUGGUGUUCUCGACUUUGAGGAAAGAGUGGUGGAUGGUUUCUAUGAUGUAUAUAAUGUAUCCUCAGACGCCACAAUUCGAGGGGACAUGCCUUCUCUUUCAGAUCUAGAAAGUGACAAUGGGGGCUCUAAUUAUGAGGUGGUUAUAGUUAACCGAAAACUAGACCCUGCUCUGGAGGAGUUGAUGCAGAUAGCACACUGCAUUGUACUUGAUCGCCCUACAACUGAAAUCACUCUACUUAUACAGAGAUUAGCUGAACUUGUUACAGAGCACCUGGGUGGUCCUGUACGCGAUGCCAAUAUCAUUUUGGCCAAAUGGAUGGAAAGAAGCAUGGAAUUGAGGACAUCUCUUCAUACCAUUGUUUUGCCGCUUGGAUCCCUGAGAAUUGGUCUAUCGCGUCACCGUGCACUACUUUUUAAGGCCUUAGCUGAUAGUGUUGGAAUACCUUGUAGACUUGUUAAGGGUAGUCAUUACACUGGUGUUGACGAUGAUGCUGUGAACAUUAUCAAGCUUCAGGAUGACAGUGAGUACUUGGUUGAUCUCAUGGGAGCUCCUGGGACACUCAUCCCUGCUGAUGUUCUUAGUGGAAAGGAUGCUCCUUCAAAGCCCUAUAGUCCUGAAUUCGGUAAGUUUGCACGUCCUCAGGCAACUACAGAUGCAGAAGUUUCUACAACACAUGGGCAAAAUUUUGUGGCGCACAACUUUUCUCAGGGAGCAACAUCCUCAAAACCUGAAUCGAUGCAGUCAUCAUUCAAUAUGACUGAUGAUGGAGUUGGGACUUCUGGACAUAACGACAAAGUGCCUGCUGCGAAUCUAUUGGAUCAUAAUCUUAGGCAGGCAAUUGUUAGUUCAUUAUAUGAAGGGGGUCAUGGAUCCAAUUUAGCAGGUGAUGAUAUAAGGAUUAAUCCAAAGAUGACACCAUACAACUCUGAAGAUCCAAAGAAUCUCUUUAUGGAGCUUAAUCCUUUCCAAAUAAAAGGAUCAGGCAAAGGUGUGGUGAAGAAUGAUCAAGUUGGUAAACUGCAAUUUUCAAGAAAUAACGCUGUAAGCAAUCAACCCCCUGUUCCAUUGGGGCCGAAAAAUCAUCACGCACAUAAUGACAUCCCAAAAGAAAGCCAAUUUGAUUAUGGAAAAGGUUCACUUCUAAAUAACAACCUUGGAGCCAGCAAUCAAUCUCCUGCUAUUGCCAGAACUUCAAAAGUUCCACCCAAGGCAUCCAGAUUGCCAGGAAAAGUGCCUAAUCUUCCUGGAGCAAAUGGUUAUAUUUCAUCCAGUAAUGACUUUAAACCUGCAUCUGGUGAAAGUGGACCUGGGCUAUUAUCCUCAAAUGUUAAGGAAACUUCUCAGAGGGAGGAUAGGGAUUCCAUGAAAAUUGGAGAAACAAAUCUUGAUGGCCACAAAAAUGACGUGACAAGGUUUUACAAAGAAAAGCAAAAUAUGCAAGAUAGAUUUAUUGGGACUAAUGGGGAGCUGAUGAAAACCGAACGUGUGAGGCGUCCAUAUGAUUUAAGACGUAGUUAUGCUGAUUCAGAGAUUGAUGAUGUUGGUGACUGUGAAAUUGCCUGGGAGGAUCUAGAUCUUGGUGAAAGGAUUGGACUAGGUUCUUAUGGAGAAGUCUACCUUGCUGACUUGAAUGGAACUGAAGUUGCUGUGAAGAAAUUCCUUGAUCAAGAUUUCUCGGGUGCUGCAUUGGAUGAAUUCAAGAGAGAAGUUCGAAUAAUGCGUAGAUUACGCCAUCCAAAUGUAGUGCUUUUCAUGGGUGCAGUAACUCGCCCACCAAAUCUUUCCAUCAUUACUGAAUAUUUGCCUCGUGGAAGCCUGUAUCGGAUAAUACAUCGUCCACAUUGUCAAAUUGAUGAAAAGAGGAGAAUUAAAAUGGCUCUUGAUGUGGCAAAUGGCAUGAACUGCUUGCACACUAGUAUACCAACAAUCGUCCAUCGUGAUUUAAAAUCACCCAAUCUCUUGGUUGACAACAAUUGGAAUGUUAAAGUGGGCGAUUUUGGAUUGUCACGUUUGAAACACAACACAUUUUUGUCAUCCAAGUCAACUGCAGGAACUCCGGAGUGGAUGGCCCCGGAAGUCCUGCGGAAUGAGCCUUCUAAUGAAAAGUGUGAUGUUUAUAGUUUCGGUGUCAUUCUAUGGGAACUCGCCACGCUGAAGUUGCCUUGGAGUGGGAUGAAUCCAAUGCAAGUUGUUGGCGCAGUAGGUUUCCAAAAUCGACGCCUUGACAUACCAAAAGAAGUGGAUCCAUUGGUUGCACGAAUAAUAUGGGAAUGCUGGCAAAUGGAUCCAAAUUUGCGCCCCUCGUUUGCACAACUGAGCGUGGCACUACAGCCGUUGCAGCGACUGGUGGUUCCUUCUCAUGUAGAACAACCACAAGCUCCAUCGUUGGCCCCGGAGAUCUCGGUGAGCUCCACACCUUAGACUGCAAUGCUAUACUAGUUUCAUUAAUAUUCUCAUUCUCUUCCUGGGACUGUUUUUUUGAUGUGAAAUAUAUUGAUGAGAAAGAGAAAAACCAAAAGAAUCACAAGUGUAAAUUGCCUGUAUCUGCUCUGCUGCAUUGAGGAGAGGGUUGUGUAUUUUCCCCUGUUUUCUUGUAUAGUUAAAUACACGUAUGUAUGUAUAUUUAUAUUGAGAGUGGGUUGUUAUAUAUAUAUGCUUCUAGACA